AUGUCCGCACUUGAACAUCCGUUGAACGGGCCAGGUGAGUUAGGUGGCUCGGGCCGCGCCAGUCCCAUGGUAGAGCCCACUUCCAAUGGACACAAUCCGCCUGCGACAGCUUCUAUACCUAUGCCACUGGAAGAUGUUGCCCACAUUUCAUUCGAGGAUUUGGCCACCCGAUAUCACCAGAGCCAGCGCAAACAAGCCCAAAGGAAACGACUGGAGAAACGGCUGCGCGCUACCAAAGUGUCAAUUGGCGUCUCGGCGCGCAUGAUUCGUGUCGGACUGACUGCACAGCGAGGUCUUGUGGAAGCGUUCCGCCAUGAUGACAAGGCCAGUUUCGUCACUCUCUACCAUACACUCCAAGACCUCCAGGAAUCAUGUUCUUCACCUGCUCCCAACGAGGGCCAGACAGACCCCGUGGAUGGGGAGCCCUCUUUGGAAACUGACAUUGGCCGUUUCCCGGAUUUCCUUCACCAGCUGAGCCCUCAGUCCCGGACGGACUUUUUGGAGAUUUUACGGCUGGUCCGCUCUGAUCCCCAAUUUUUAGUCGACCGGUUACAAAGCCUGUCUUCGUCCCAAUUGGCUGCUUUCACUUCUCCUGCCACUGUUUUGGAUACCAAUGAUCCCGCGUUCCCUUCUACCUCUCGGGCUCGUGCCCAGUCCUUCUUGAAUAGGACCCAGACUCAGUCCGCUGCCUUCAAGGAUCACGCAUAUGCCUUUGAGAGGACUGACCCACUAUCUAUACUUCUUUUUAACGUUUUUGCUGCUCCUUUGGAUCCGGAAACGCCCGAGUCCCACUUGCGUAUGGAUGUGUGGUCGUCCGUCUGCGCUCAACUAAUCUCCAACGGAAGUAGUAGAUACUAUCCUCUUAUCGGCCAGAUCCUCUCUUCCUGGACUACCGGCAGCACUUGGAAAGCCCGUCCCAAAUUUGAACUCUACCUAAUGGACAUUUUACAAACCGGUGCUUUUCUCCUAGAGCCUAUAGCCACACCACCCGGGCUGGAUUUUGCCAUGGAUUCCCUCGACCCCAUGCGAACGGAUGUUGCAGAGGAAUUCUUUGCUUCUGCGGUGGAUGAUCUGUUCCGCGUACUUGAUGAUCCGGAUGGCGGCUUUCCUCGAGCCGUGCUACAGUUUGCAAAGGCCGUUUUGCGGAAACUGGAUAAUCCCGAGACCCGCAGUCGCUUCUUGGAGUUUUUGUUCCUCCAGUGGUUCUUUUCAAAGUUCCUUUAUGGCGCAUUGACGUAUCCUGAGACCCACGGACUUCUCUUAGACUUCCAUAUCAGAAAAGAUGCCCGCGAGAAAUUGUUGAACCAGGUUGGACACCGUGCCUAUGCUCAAGUCUUUGCUGUUUUGCGUUCAAUGCAUCAUUUCUCAAUUCCCCGUCCGAAAAUUAAGGGCCGCGUCGAAAAUAUGCUCUCUCGGUUCCAUAACACGAUGCAACCGGAGGUAUCGGUUGACCCUUCUGCUACUUCUUCGCAGGCACCGCUUCCUUAUCGACGAAAGUCUCCUUCGACUUUCCUGAUGAUGUCUGCGUUAGACGUCCUCACACUCCUAGACGCUCUCUUUCAACAAACCCCCUCGUCUUUACAAUCGUCGCCAGCCUCUGCAGGAGUUCAAUCUUGGCCAUCCAGUCCACCACCAUCUGUCAAUCUUCGGCCAGAUUCACUUUUGGAUUCUGGAUUCACCCAUUUCAAGCAUAACACAAAUCCAACACCUACAUCCCAAAAUGGUUCCAUAUUCCCAGUGGAAACCUCUGAUAUCCUAGCAACGGAAAUUAGCCUGUCUGAAAAGGCUGCUCGCAUCCGAUUCGAGCUAACUGAUUUAGAUCAUCCUAAUGAGCGGUUGAGCUUAGAGCACCCCUCAGGCGAGCAUUGGGCUAUCUUCUCGGUUACAGCAGACGGAUAUGGCUUAACUUGGAGCCUUCUCCCAGAUAGCAGACAUGAAAUAUCCAAUGGUCCUAUAGUUGAAAGCGAAGAUGACGCGCACUCCACAACCCUAGGGCUGGAGGAAAAUCACGAAGCAUUACAGACAGCGAUCGUUCGACUUGUCAAGGAGAACCGCAUUCAAGACACGGACAAUUAUGGGUUCAUUUCACAGAAUAGCACGCAAACAGCUGCCCCGUCCCUGAAGCAGCGGUUUAACGAAGCGAUGUUCUGUUGCCAUCAUGACUCUGAUUUUGUUGGUGCGCAUUAUUGGUGGAAUGCUUCGCAGCAGCUCGGCCAACGAGGAACGCCUCAUUCAUCGAGGACCACGGAUGAUUCAUGGAUCUUGGGCCCGAUGUAUGAGAAUUAUAGCCGCUCGCUGAUCCAAUCACGAGCUGUCAUUGAGCGUUGCGAGAGUGACUUUGUGUCUCUCGAUCACAGUCUCCGGCGACUCCAAAAUCAAGUAAAAGAUAUGACGGCCACAUUUUGCAAGAUCCGAGACAAGAUGUGGUACAUGAACGACGUCAAGAACUCUAUCAGAUACGAGGAGGCCAAACAUGUGGCUAUGGCUUUGAAAACGAUGAUCUACUCAGCCCGACUCUUCAGCCAGUUCCCUGAAGAGCAGCGUUCUCGUCACGGAGCAAAGUCUUUGGGUGGCUCCUUGUUCCAGAAACCUGAAGUACAAGUGAUGAACAUGAUGAAGGCACCUAGUAGUCAGGGUGGGCCUAAUAAGUUGUCUGACGAGCAAGUCGAGCUGACUCGGAAAUGGCUGUCGCACAACGGAAUCGACAAUUUCUGUAAAGGUGAAGAAAGAAUCCAUCGAUUCUGUUACGAGGUCCGAAUGAGCAUCAAUAAACUAGUGGGUGAAACAAUGACCGAGACACCGGUGCUAUGGGCAAGUGAGCUUUUCCAGAGGGAACGCUCAAGAUUUGAGGGUUACGGCUCUCGCACAUUCCCAGGCAUGUCGAUGCCUAGUACUCCUCGGCCUUCAACAACUACAAGCGAGGACACCAAUUCGGCCUCGAACUUUUACGGUGCCAAUAUGCCUAUGCCUGAUCCCAUGUCUCGUCUUUCUCAAGAUACCCCGUCAUUGGGUCGUAAGCCUUCCAUCCAAAGCAUAAUCUCCGACAAAUGGAGGCAUCACCGUGACUUGCCUUCAAUUGACAUGUCCUCUCUUGGAGGCUCACCUGGCCGUGCUGCUUCGAUAUCUACGGGUGACACCUACAGUACUUUCUGGUCUGGACCCCAGCGGCACCCUAUGUAUGCCACAAGCGCGUCGAGCGUGUACUCGCGACCACCGUCCAUGUUUAGUGAGACGGCAACCCGCCAACCCCGUCGUGUCGAACGCAAGACGCAGGGGAAGACAGCAUUUAUGGAUGACUUGAGACAAACACUGACGAGUCUGCUUUUGAGCGAUUUGGGCUCUCCGGUGUGGAGUUGUGGUAGUGAAACCGACGCUUGGUUCACCAAUGCCCUAGACCAGAAACGCAUUCAGGUGGAGAUGCGCCGACGGGCUGCUGUCCAGAAAUUUUACGCCGAUUAUGAAGAGCGCUCCAAGCAUUUAAGUCAACAACGUGGCUCAUUGAAAGGUCGCCGGAGCAGGUCUCUGGGCAACCUGCGUGUAUCUCAACUCAAAGCUCCUCGCGUGGAGGCCUCGUCGCAGCCAUCACAAGCCUCUUCGGAAUCGGACAAGCAGUCAGCCUUUUCGUACAAGGCGGUCUUCCACCGGCUGAUCGAAGUAUUCUCGCGUCAUGGAAAUCCACUUGUUAAGCUUAAUGCAUUGCGGGACUUGCGUUCGUUGGUGGUCGCAUCCCUCAUUUCGCCCCAAGAUGCCAAUUCCCCUACUCCUCCUGGCUCUUCCCUGAGAGAAGGGGACAAGACGCGCAGCAGUCCUCAACUCCAUCGGGCCCCACGCCAUAGUUUCUCAGAGGUGCGACCCAACAACCUACCACAGAUGGGCCCAGUACUGCCUUCUUCUCCUCCCGAUUCAGUCACAUGUGGCUCCCAGCGGUCUGACUACUCCGCUCCAUCGGAAGCACAAAUUGUAGCAGCCUUGCGCGAUCUUAUUUUAGAAGUGAAGCCGAAGACUCUUUUCAGAGACUUGCAGUUUAUCUCAGCGUUCGUCCCAGGAGAUCAGCUAAACAAGACGGACCGCGGGACAGCAUUCCUCCAGUUCGGUCUGGCUGCACUAAGCCUCAAAGAAGAGAUCUGCCACAGCAUGGUCGAGAUCGCCGACCGAAUCGUCUUCCAGGAGCUCUCCCGUCGUUAUGCCCCCUUCGCCUCAGACUUCAAAUCCCGCCCCGGCCAUGCUAUCCAAGAUGCAGCAGGGAUGUGGAUCAUCACUGCUAAAGAGGGCAACCCAGUUGCACAGCGCGAACUUGCAAUCCUUUAUCUGACUCACCCAGAACUUCUCCCACGCGUGACACUCCCUCUGACCCUCCCGCGGGAUACCUUCAAGGCGGAGAUGAUGUACCGUCGUGAUAAAGACUCAAAAUCGGACCCGCAGAGUAUGUGCUUGGCGCUGCACUGGAUGCAGCUAUCAGCCAGUGGUGGCGAUACUCUUGCUCGGAAUCGACUUCGUGAGCGUGAGGAGUUUGACUCCAUUGCAUGA